AUGGCUGCGUGCAUGUGCCGGACCGUGCUGCCGGCCGACUCCGGGCCCCGCGGGGAGCUGGGCGCGGGGCCGCUGCUGCGAUGGAUGGACGCCGCCGCCUGCCUCGCAGCUGAGAAACACGCUGGGGUGUCCUGUGUGACAGCGUCCAUGGAUGACAUUCAGUUUGAAGAGGCUGCCAGGGUUGGGCAAAUUAUUGCCAUCAGAACAAAGGUGAACAGAGAAUUCCAAACCCUCAUGGAGGUUGGCAUCAAGGUGACAGUACAGGAUGUUUUGACUAAUGCUGAAAAGAUUGUGAGUGUGGCAUAUGCAACAUAUGAGGCCAAACCAGUUGGUGCUGAAAAGAUUGAGUUAAAACCCAUAGAGCUUCAGUCUGAAGAAGACCACCUGGAGCACUUCCUGGCUCAGGAGAGGAGCAUAAUCCGUACGGGCUAUUUGGAGGUCUUUCAGAAGGUGAUGCAGGAGAGCAAUAGUGAAGAUCCUUGCGAAGAUAAAGAUGCAGUUUCAGCUGAGCAUACCCACGUACAGAGCACUGAGCUUGUCCUGCCUCCUCAUGCAAACCAUCAUGGGAACACUUUUGGUGGCCAGAUCAUGGCUUGGAUGCAGACAGUGGCAAGCAUUUCAGCAAGCCGCCUGUGUCGUUCACACCCCGUCCUGAAGGCAGUUAACAGGUUCAGAUUCUGGGGGCCGUCCUUUGUGGGUGACCGCCUGGUCUUCAAUGCCAUUGUCAACAACACUUUCCACAGCAGUGUGGAGGUUGGUGUCCGUGUGGAGGCUUACAGCUGUGGAGAGUGGAUCCAGGAGCAGCCACGGCACAUCUGCAGUGCAUUCCUCACUUUCUCUGCUUUGGAUGACAGAGGGGAGCCACUCACCUUCCCCAGGGUCAGGCCCACUACUCAGGUUGGUGUGAGGAGGUACUAUGGAGCUAUUGCCAGGAGGAGGAUUCUGCUCAGCAGUAAAUGCAUCCUCUCUGCUAAAGAGGACAAGCCCUCUGAUGCCUGGGAGACAAGCAACCAGGCGUAUUUGAAUUACAAAAACGUGGCUGCGCUGACACUUCUGGCAGGAAAACCAGGGUGGGACAUAACCAAGACUCUGGAUGAUGUGAAAAUCUGGACCCACGAGGAGGGUGAUGUGCUGUCAUUUAAGGUGGAGAUGCAGGUGAAGGUCCCAUCCCACAUAGCCUUCUCCCUGCUGUCUGACUUCAGGCUCCGCCAGCGCUGGGACAGACACUACUUGGCAUGUGAGGUCCUGCAGGAUGUGAGUGAGAGGGAGAAGAUUUACCACGUCAUCUCUGGCCCCACGGCAGGCCGCCAGCCCAAGGACUUUGUGAUUCUGGUAUCCCAAAGGGAGCCCUGCCAGCCACAGAUGCCUUACACGGUGGCAGUGAGGUCGGUGACCCACAGGGCCAUGCCCCCACGCCCAGAGUACUCCAGGAGUGAAAUCCUCUGUGCUGGCUUCCAGAUCCACAGCACCAGCAGCAGCUCCUGCACUGUGUGUUACUUCAAUCAAGUGACAUCAGGAGUUAUGCCUUACUUAACUGCAAAUCUUACUGGCUCAUCAAAAUCCAUUGAAGACACUGCUUUGGACUGUAUAAAGUUCUUGGAGCUGGAAGGCAGCAAGUGCUGA